UCCCCAAAUGCGACCAUGUGUUUCACCCCGAAUGCAUCGAUGCUUGGCUCAAUGCUCAUGUGACUUGUCCGGUUUGCCGAACCGAUCUCGUUCCUCAACCCGGUGAGACUCUGCAAAUUCCAGAUUUCAAUCUCCAGAUCGACGAUUCGGAGGAAACCCAGAACCCCCAACCCAGCCGACCAGAACCGUCCUCCGAGAUCUGGGUCGGUCCGGUCCAGACUAUUCGGGAGGUUCCCCAGUCGCAUUCGCCGGGCACCCUUGUCCAGCCGGGGGAAAACACAGACCGGUUCACUCUCCGGUUACCGGAAGAUGUGAGGAAAAAGGUGAUAGCGGCGCUGAACCGGACUACGAGCUUAUUGGUGUUGCCCGGAGAAGGUAGUUCGAGGAGGGGGUACCGAGCCGGAAUCGGAGAGGGUAGUAGUAGGGGAAUCGGAGACGGAAGUAGUAGGGGAAGGAGGUCAUACAGGCGGUUGGACCGAACUAUUAUGUCGGACCGGUGGGUUUUCUCAAUGGCGCCACCGUUCUUCACUCGACACGUCCUCAUUGAAGUCUCCGAAGGUCAAGGCGGCGGGGACGGCGAGGGUUCGACGUCUUCUACGGCGACGACGCCGAGAGGGAGGGCGGCGAUGAAGUUGCCGUCGUUCAAGUGUAUGGAACCGAAGGCGGGUGACGAGACCGGUCUGGUAUCUACUGGUUCGGACCGGCCUCAGAUUUAACGGUCAAUUUUGUCUGCACGUGUUAUUAUUAAUUUGGAGAAUGAAAGGCUUGACUAUUGGAGGCCUUGGUGGCCCACCAUUGGAACACAAUUGGUGGACCAAUUCAAAGCAUGGCCCAGCUUGACUAACCUAAUAGCCUAUCACAUUAUAAUAAUUUUUUAAAAUUUUUUUGGGGGAUGGAUGUGGACACAAUUUUGUAUAUUUGUUUCCAAAUGUUUGUAAAUUAGAUGUAAUUAUUUAUUCGGAUUUAUGGAUAUGAUCUUGUUUAUUUUUAUUUUUUAAAUCUUAGGAUAAACAAACAUUCAAAGACAAACAUAUCAUAAUUAAGGAUUUGUCUUUGUUGUUGUCGUUGUCUUUGCCUGUGUCAUUAUUUAUUUGGUCUUCUAGAAA